GACCCCGCCCGCCUGCUUGCUAGGUUGCCGGUCCGGCGCCACGCAAGAGAAGGCGUCAGGGGACGCGGAGCGGCGCGCGGCCCCAGCCAGCUCUGUCUCCGGCAUUAGCGCUGCGGCCGUGGCGGAGGACGACGGCGACAAGGACGAGGGCCGCUCUCCCCGCUCCCUGCGUGCGGCGUCGCUCCGCUCCGCUGACCAGCCCUCGGGAGUGCAGGCGGGGAGGCGGGAUGGAGUGAUAGGGAAGAUGUUUGUGGAUUCUUCUGUGGGAUCAGAGGGCACGCCUAUUGUAAUCAGAAAACUCCAAGAAUAGCAGCAGGGAUGGAUGAACAGGCUCUUUUAGGGCUAAAUCCAAAUGCUGAUUCAGACUUCAGACAAAGGGCCCUGGCCUAUUUUGAGCAGUUAAAGAUUUCCCCAGAUGCCUGGCAAGUGUGUGCUGAAGCUCUGGCCCAAAGGACAUACAGUGAUGAUCACAUAAAGUUUUUCUGCUUUCAAGUACUGGAACAUCAAGUGAAAUACAAAUACUCAGAACUAACUACAGUUCAGCAACAACUAAUUAGGGAGACGCUCAUCUCUUGGCUUCAAGCUCAGAUGCUGAAUCCCCAACCAGAGAAGACCUUUAUACGAAAUAAAGCAGCCCAAGUCUUCGCCUUGCUUUUUGUUACAGAAUAUCUCACUAGAUGGCCCAAGUUUUUUUUUGACAUUCUCUCAGUAGUGGACCUAAAUCCAAGGGGAGUGGAUCUGUACCUCCGAAUCCUCAUGGCAAUUGAUUCCGAGUUGGUGGAUCGUGAUGUGGUGCAUACAUCAGAGGAGGCUCGUAGGAAUACUCUAAUAAAAGAUACCAUGAGGGAGCAGUGCAUUCCAAACUUAGUGGAAUCAUGGUACCAAAUCUUACAAAAUUAUCAGUAUACUAAUUCAGAAGUGACAUGUCAGUGCCUUGAGGUAGUUGGGGCUUAUGUCUCUUGGAUAGACUUAUCCCUUAUAGCCAAUGAUAGGUUUAUAAAUAUGCUGCUAGGUCAUAUGUCAAUAGAAGUUCUACGGGAAGAAGCAUGUGACUGUUUAUUUGAAAUUGUAAAUAAAGGAAUGGAUCCUGUUGAUAAAAUGAAACUAGUAGAAUCUUUGUGUCAAGUAUUACAGUCUGCUGGGUUUUUCAGCAUUGACCAGGAAGAAGAUGUUGACUUCCUGGCCAGAUUUUCUAAACUGGUAAAUGGAAUGGGACAGUCCUUGAUAGUUAGUUGGACUAAAUUAAUUAAGAAUGGGGAUAUCAAGAAUGCUCAAGAGGCACUACAAGCUAUUGAAACAAAAGUGGCCCUGAUGCUGCAGCUACUAAUUCAUGAAGAUGAUGACAUCUCUUCUAAUAUUAUUGGAUUUUGUUAUGAUUAUCUUCAUAUUUUGAAACAGCUUACAGUGCUCUCGGAUCAGCAAAAAGCUAAUGUAGAGGCAAUCAUGUUGGCCGUUAUGAAAAAACUGACUUACGAUGAAGAAUAUAACUUUGAAAAUGAGGGUGAAGAUGAAGCCAUGUUUGUAGAAUACAGAAAACAACUGAAGUUGUUGUUGGACAGGCUUGCUCAAGUUUCACCGGAGCUACUGCUGGCUUCUGUUCGCAGAGUUUUUAGUUCUACACUGCAGAAUUGGCAGACUACACGUUUUAUGGAGGUUGAAGUAGCAAUAAGACUGCUGUAUAUGUUGGCAGAAGCUCUUCCAGUAUCUCAUGGUGCUCACUUCUCAGGUGAUGUUUCAAAAGCUAGUGCUUUGCAGGAUAUGAUGCGAACUUUGGUAACAUCAGGAGUUAGUUCCUAUCAGCAUACAUCUGUGACAUUGGAGUUCUUCGAAACUGUUGUUAGAUAUGAAAAGUUUUUCACAGUUGAACCUCAACACAUUCCAUGUGUCCUAAUGGCCUUCUUAGAUCAUAGGGGUCUGCGGCAUUCUAGUGCCAAAGUGCGGAGCCGAGCUGCUUACCUGUUUUCCAGAUUUGUCAAGUCUCUAAAUAAACAAAUGAAUCCUUUCAUUGAGGAUAUUCUGAAUAGGAUACAAGAUUUAUUAGAGCUUUCUCCACCUGAGAAUGGUUACCAGUCUUUGUUGAGCAGCGAUGAUCAACUCUUUAUUUAUGAGACAGCUGGAGUGCUGAUUGUUAAUAGUGAAUAUCCUGCCGAACGGAAACAAGCAUUAAUGAGAAAUCUGUUGACCCCACUAAUGGAGAAGUUUAAAAUUCUGUUAGAAAAGUUGAUGCUGGCACAAGAUGAAGAAAGGCAGGCAUCACUAGCAGACUGUCUCAACCAUGCCGUUGGAUUUGCCAGUCGAACCAGCAAAGCUUUCAGCAACAAGCAGACUGUGAAACAAUGUGGCUGUUCCGAAGUUUAUCUGGACUGUUUACAGACAUUCUUGCCAGCACUCAGUUGCCCCUUACAAAAGGAUAUUCUCAGAAGUGGAGUUCGGACUUUCCUUCAUCGCAUGAUUAUUUGCCUAGAGGAAGAAGUUCUUCCAUUCAUCCCAUCUGCCUCAGAACACAUGCUCAAAGAUUGUGAAGCAAAAGACCUCCAGGAGUUCAUUCCUCUUAUCAACCAGAUUACAGCCAAGUUUAAGAUACAGGUAUCUCCUUUUUUACAGCAAAUGUUCAUGCCUCUGCUUCAUGCAAUUUUUGAAGUGUUGCUCCGACCAGCAGAAGAAAAUGACCAGUCUGCUGCUUUAGAGAAGCAAAUGUUGCGAAGGAGUUACUUUGCUUUCCUGCAAACAGUCACAGGCAGCGGAAUGAGCGAAGUCAUAGCAAAUCAAGGUGCAGAAAAUGUAGAACGAGUUCUGGUUACUGUUAUCCAAGGAGCAGUCGAAUAUCCAGAUCCAAUUGCCCAGAAAACGUGUUUUAUCAUCCUCUCCAAGUUGGUAGAACUCUGGGGAGGUAAAGAUGGACCAGUGGGAUUUGCUGAUUUUGUUUAUAAGCACAUUGUCCCUGCAUGUUUCCUAGCACCUUUAAAACAGACCUUUGACCUGGCAGAUGCACAAACAGUAUUGGCUUUGUCUGAAUGUGCGGUGACAUUGAAAACAAUUCAUCUCAAACGGGGCCCAGAAUGUGUUCACUAUCUUCAACAAGAAUACCUGCCUUCCUUGCAAGUAGCUCCAGAGAUAAUUCAGGAGUUUUGUCAAGCGCUUCAGCAGCCUGAUGCUAAAGUUUUUAAAAAUUACUUAAAGGUAUUCUUCCAGAGAGCAAAGCCCUAAGGACUGGAUCUCCCUGUGCCUACUUUAUGAUCAAGAAUUCCAGUUAAUAAUUUAUAAAGAAGCAGUUUUUGUGUGCCAUUCACACUGGUCUUUUUAACAUUGCUUUAAGCUUAUUGCAGUAUAUGUAUUGGAACUUUUCCUGUAAAAUGGGUGUAAUUUUCUCUGAAUACAGGUAUGUGACAACAAGAGAAGUUGCUUGCAUGCCAGUUCAAAUUGUUCUAUAUAAAAAUGCUGUUAAAAGAUACAGCACAGUUAUCUUAGUACCCCCCGCCUUUUUUUUUUUACUGGAAAUGUUAAAUCCUUUAUAAAGACCACAUAGCAGGAAAACAGUGUGCUUUUUUUCAAUUGCUAAAUAUGUUUGAACAUGUUAAUUUCCUUUUAUGUGUGCAGACUCCAAAUAUGGGGAGAAUACAACAAAUCAAAACUAAUUUUUUGUAGAUAGCCAUUACAUUUCUUUAAACUGUUUCGAUGCCAAUGUGUGUUCUACAAAAGAGAAUGGUUUCAUAAAUUAACUGAUUUAAGAGUAGGUGUCAGUGUUACACACUUUUUAUAAAAAAAAAUAAAUUUUACGUAGUGAAAUCUA